GAAAGGAGUUAAAUAUAUUUGUAGAGCAGUUUUAGUAAAUCACUCAUCAGAUACAGAAUAGUUUUUCUGCAUCCAACAUCCGAAAGUAUCACAGUUCAAGUUGCAGCAUGGAUCUGCAGACAAAAAUACUGUUCAGCUGGAUUUGUCUUCAAGUGAUCUUUGCCUCUGUUUUUUCGGAUGUGUGGAAAGCAGAAGUUGCCACUCCAAUCGAGGCCCUGGUGUCAUCUUGUGUCGUGUUGCCCUGCACGUUUAAUUACCCUGCUGCUCAGUAUCCUGAGUCUCUGGUGAAGGGAAUCUGGCACAAAACAGGAGACACGGUGCAUCGUAUCUAUGAUGCAGAUAGCUAUAAUGUUGUAGACAACUUUAAAGAUCGCACAAGGCUUGUUGGUCGAUUGGGUCAGAAGAACUGCACACUGGAAAUUAAUGGAGUGAAAGACCACGACAUUGGUCCAUACUGUUUUAGAGCUGAAAUCAAAAAUUUUGAUAAAUUCUCUUUUGAGGAGGCGUGUGUGCGCAUCAAUAUGAUACCUGAACCACAUAAACCAUCUCUGGAUCAUGACGAAUCUGUGACAGAGGGACUUCCUACCCUGUUCAAGUGUUAUGUCACACACACCUGUCCCACACACCCCCCAACUAUUGAAUGGAGUCGUUCAGAUGUUAAACCCCGUGUGACCAAUAAGCACAAUGGCCAUGGAGUUUGGGAGGUGGAGUCCCUCCUGUCCUUCACUGCCACACAGGAGGAUGAUCACAAGGACAUCACCUGCACUGUCACUUUCCACGGCGACAUCAAAUCUCAAGUUACUCACAAGAUAUACGUAAAACGUAAAGAAAAUUACUCUCACAUCAUUAUUCCUGUGGUUGCUGUGCUUGGAACCAUCAUUCUAUUUGGAACAGGAUGUUUCUUCGUGAUCAAGAGAUACAAGAAACAGAUUCAAGACCUCCAAUCUGGAAAUGGAGGGGCAGGCUCUGUGGAUUUGGCAAAGGUAAUUCUUGAAAUGGAGGAGCUGGGACUGGAGGUGAACCAGAUUUUGUUUUCUAAAUCCACCCUGGUUACCUGUAGAAACCUCUCCACAUCCCAGAAAGAAGAAGUUACCAAGUUACUGAGUUUCUGAUGUGUUUUCUCCCUUGCAUUUUCACACUCAUCUCAUAGAACACUGCACUGAGACUCUUGGACAGAAUCCUCAAGUAUUGAAAUUUCCAGUAUUUGGACUUCUAUCUUCGUUUGCAUAUAUAGAUCUGAAUAUAUGUGAGGCUGUUUCUCUAAUUUAUGCUGCAUUAUUAAAGUUUUCAUUUGACUUAAUUUUCUUUUCUACAGAUAUUAUCAUAUAUUUAAUGGUACUUCAGUGAGUCAGUUGAAGUAUGACCCCUGAUCAAGUGGUGCCUUGACAACCUAUUAUCUGCUGCACCUGAUGGUUUUUUAACCAGUCUUCUGUCAACACAAUGGAAAACACUAACUCGUUCUAGUGUAUGUAGCAAACAUCAUGAGAAUGUCCAGAGACCUUUACUCUUUAUUAAAAUAGCACUGUAGCUUUGAUUUUUGUCAGAGCUCUGAACCA